AUGUGUUUCCCGUUUGCCAAGAACGGGCAGAAUGGCACAGGCGGCGGCAAGCCCAAGAAGCCGCGAAGGAGACUGUCGUGGUCGACUAGUUCGGAUAGGUCGUACCAGUUGAGAGGCAUGCACGAGCCUCCCCCAGCCCCCGAAAGCAUCACCUUCCACUCCGAUUCCGAGAAAUACGACGAGCUGCCUGAAGUCUUUCCUCCCGUCGUCCACGCGAAAGGAUACAGCCUCACCCGCGGUAACACCAUGACCGGCACCAAAAAGUCGACAGCGUCGAGCAAGUGGGGAUGGGGCCGUAAAGAUAAAGCACUCGAUAAAGGCAAGGACCGCGAGAAGGGCGGCCAGUGGGACGAGCACGGCGACGAACACGAGCACGACGACCGCCGCUACCCGAGUGACGACGAGUUCGACCCGGACCAGCCCAUCCGCAACCCGAACCGCUCGCUCUCCCUCAGCCGCCGCAACACCCACUCCUCUGCCCGCCGCGACCCCGCUGCUGGCGGCGAUGGCCCCCAUCGAAGCAACUCGAGGGCGACCCAGGCGAGCAAGUUUAGUCAGCGCUCGCAUGAUUCGCAGAGGACGUAUGCGUCGAGGCGGAGCCAUGAUAGUCAGCAGUCGUAUCAGAGCCAUGGCAGUGGGAGUUCGGCGCCCAAACCGCGGCCGCCGCUUAUGCCCCAGGACUCGACGAGUACCCUUGUGGGCAGUGCGUAUGAGAGGAAGGUGAAUGAUGUUGAGACGAUUAGGGAGAAACCCGAUACGACGGAUAGGUUGGAGGAGUUGAGGAGGUUGAUGGAUAAGGAUAAUUUGGAUUAUUACAUCGUACCGAGUGAAGAUGCGCAUGGAUCAGAGUAUGUGGCGUUUAGUGAUAAACGGCGCGAGUAUAUCUCUGGAUUCACGGGAACGGCGGGUCAAGCCAUCAUCACCCGCAACAACGCCUACCUCAUCACCGAUUCUCGAUACUGGGAGCAAGCUGAGGAACAAGUCGACCAUAACUGGACUGUCAUCAGGGCUGGAGCGCCCAACGAACCCAAGGAUUGGAUCGAGUGGCUUUUGAGCCGCGUCCGCAACUCACGUAUAGGCCUCGACGCCCGUAUGAUCUCGCACGAGAAGGCGACGUUGAUCAACUCCAAGUUGUCGAGUCUUGAUUCGAAGCUGGUGUACCCGCCACAGAAUUUGGUUGAUUUAGUGUGGAAGGAUAAGCCGGAGAAGAGUAAAGCGAGUGUGUAUAUCCAGCCUAUCGAGUUUACAGGCAAGGAUGCAAACUACAAGAUUGCGAAAGUGAGGGAGUGGAUCAAGGCUCAGCCUCCUACUACACUUCCCUAUUCGAAGAGGGAGCCGACGGAGAAGGAUAUGCAGGUUGGCACGUUGAUCACUUCGUUGCCUCAAAUUGCCUACCUCCUCAACCUCCGCGGUGCCGACAUCCCUUACAACCCCCUCUUCCACGCCUACCUCUACAUCGGCCUCACCACCGCCGUUCUCUUCCUGGACAAAGCCAAAGUCGUAGACGAAGUCGCUUCAUACCUGUCCUCCCUCUCCGUCGAGCGGCGUGACUACACCGACCUUUGGGCUUUCCUGCGUAAAAGGGAGUAUGGGGUUGGUAGGGUGCUGAUUAGCCCCCAGACGAGUUAUGCGAUUAGUUUGAUGUUGACGAGUAGUCAUUAUACCGUUGUGGGGAGUAUGGUUGAGCAUAUGAUGAGUGUUAAGAAUGAGGUUGAGGUUGAUUGUAUGAGGAGGGCGUAUUUGAGGGAUGGGGUUUCUUUUGUCCGCUUCCUAGCCUGGCUCGACCAAAAGCUCUCCCAAGGCUACGACAUUACCGAAUACGAAGCUGCCUCCCGCCUUACCGAGUUUAGACGCAAAUCGAAGAAUUUUAUGGGUUUGGCGUAUGAGAAUAUUAGUGCUAGUGGGCCUAAUGCUGCGUUGCCGCAUUAUGUUGCGAGGAAGGGGACGGCGAGGAUGAUUGAUCGGGAGACGCCUUAUUUGAAUGACUCGGGCGGACAGUACCGCGAUGGUACUUGCGAUACGACUCGGACGUACCAUUUUGGACGGCCUACGAGUGAGCAGAUCGAGGCGUAUACGAGGGUUUUGCAGGGGCAUCACGGAACAGGGCACGGAUUCGGUUCCUUCCUGACUGUCCACGAAGGUCCGCACAGUUUUUCGAGUAGUGUUCCGUUGGUUCCUGGGCAUGUUAUUACGAAUGAGCCUGGGUUUUAUGCCAAGGGCAAGUGGGGGAUGAGGAUUGAGAGUGCGUUGGUUGUUCGGAGGGUUAAGACUAAAGGCGAAUUCAAUGGUGAUAUUUGGCUUGGAUUUGAACGGCUUACGUGUGUGCCGAUUCAGACGAAGAUGGUGAAGGAGAGUAUGUUGACGAAGGAGGAGAAGCAGUGGUUGAAGGACCAUAAUCAACGCUGCUGGGAGAAGCUGUCGCCUCUUCUCAAGGACGAUAAGAGGGCGCUCAAGUGGUUGAAGCGUGAGUCGGAGAGGGGGAUUGGGUUGGCUGCUGCCCCUGGUGGUGUGGCUAUUGAGUGGUCUUGA